AUGGGCUGUUCUGUUUAUCAAAGCGAAGAUUCGACAACAGUUACCGGCCCCCCACCUGGCACCCUGCUGGCACUUCCACACGUUGACAUGGAAACAAUGACCGACGCCUUCCUAACGGCCUCAGUGCUGGCGGCUGUUGCCGAUGGUAAGACCCAAAUUACGGGCAUUGCCAACCAGCGAGUAAAAGAGUGCAACCGAAUUGUAGCCAUGAAAGACCAACUGGCAAAGUUUGGGGUACAAUGCACAGAACUCGACGACGGAAUCGAGAUAUUCGGAAAACCUCUGGCCGAGCUGCGCGUACCAAAAGAAGGCAUUCAUUGUUACGACGAUCACCGUGUUGCCAUGAGCUUCAGUGUUUUAUCUGUAGUAUCUCCAGGCCCCGUCGUGGUCACUGAAAGAGAGUGUGUUGGCAAGACAUGGCCAGGAUGGUGGGACACCCUUUCUCAAUCGUUCAAAGUCAAGCUGGAGGGCUCCGACACAGACGCUAAUACCCAGCACAUUCUCUCAUCUGAUGGCGAUCUUCAAAGAUCAAUAUUCAUCAUCGGGAUGCGAGGCGCGGGGAAAACCACUGCAGGUAAUUGGAUGGCAAGGCUACUGCAAUGGAAGUUUAUCGACCUUGACCAAGAGCUGGAAAGACGGUCUGGGAAGUCCAUCCCGGAAAUGGUUGAGGGCCCACGAGGGUGGGUAGGGUUCCGAGCAGAUGAGGCGGCGCUGUUGCGUGAUGUGAUGGACUCCAAACCCCGAGGCCACGUCAUCUCCUGUGGCGGAGGGAUAGUGGAGACAUCUGAAGCUCGGGCCUUGUUGCUAGCAUUCGGACGCAGCGGCGGUCGGGUUGUGCAAGUUCAUCGAAACAUUGACCAGCUGGGAGAAUAUCUAGCGAGAGACAAGUCACGACCGGCAUUCACGACGAGUAAGACUCCGGAGCAGGUGUAUCUAGAACGCGAGCCAUGGUACCGGGAGUGCAGCAACUACCUUUACUACAGCCCUCAUGCAGGGGAUCUCGGUUGCGACGCGCGUAUCCCUGACGACUUUCAACGCUUCGUUUCAUUCAUCCGUGGCGAAGGACCCCAACUCGCUACGAUAUUGGAGAAGAAGCAUAGUUUUUUUGUGUCGCUGACGUUUCCUGAUCUCGCCCAAGCGUUGGAGAAAAUACCCCGUGUCGCUGUCGGUUCUGACGCUAUCGAGCUUCGGGUCGAUCUUCUUGAAAACAAAAGUCUAGAUGCCGUAUCUGAGCAGGUGUCGAUAUUACGGCACGCUGUAAGCAUACCCAUCAUCUUCACGGUCCGCACUGAAUCACAGGGCGGGAAGUUUCCAGACAAUUUAGUGCAGGAGCGUCUCGAUCUGUAUCGUCUAGCGUUGAAGUUGGCUGUGAGUUACUUGGACGUGGAGGUGACAUCGUCCGAUGAUAUCUGGCAAGUCGUCACGAACUCCCAGAGACACACUGUUAUUAUCGCCUCGCACCAUGACAUAUCGGGCUCAUUGUCAUGGCGGAAUGCGUCCUGGAUAGAAUUUUUCAACAGGGCACUACAAUAUGGCGACAUCAUCAAACUUGUUGGUGUUGCGCUAACGAUGGAAGACAACUUUCAUCUGGAUAGCUUUAAGGCCAGGAUGUCGGCAGCACACAAAACUCCUCUCAUCGCCAUAAACAUGGGGGCUCCUGGCAGGCUCAGCCGCGUUCUGAACGGCUUCCUUACACCAGUCUCGCACCCUUGUCUUCCCGAAGUAGCAGCACCAGGUCAGAUGUCCGCUGCUGAGAUCUGGCAGGGCCUGACACUGUUAGGUGAAGUAAAGCCGCUGAGUUUCUAUCUCGUUGGCACGCCCAUUUCGCAGUCAAGGUCGCCAGCCCUCCAUAACAGCCUCUUUCAGCGAACUGGACUGCCUCAUCGAUAUGAACUGCGAGAGACCAACCAAGAGAUCGAUUUCAGGAGCAUGCUGCAAAGCGACGGUUUUGGGGGCGCUUCUGUCACGAUUCCACUGAAGCAACAAGUCACAAAAAUUGUCGAUGCCCUAACCCCAGCUGCCAAGAAGAUUGGAGCUGUCAACACCGUGGUACCACUUGACGAUCACAUCAGGGACCCCAAAUGUCCUCGCCGUUUCCUUGGCGACAAUACUGACUGGAAAGGAAUAGUGUAUGUAUUGAGCCAGAAUGCUCGGUACAUGCCAAGCAAUGGCUCCUCAACACUGGUCGUUGGGUCGGGGGGUACGACGCGCGCUGCUAUUUAUGCAUUACACUCCAUGGGAUUCCGUUCAAUUUACAUUUUGGCGCGGGAUCCGAACAAGGCCAAACGCCUCGCAGCAGAGUUUCCGGAUUAUAAUGUCCAAGUUUUAGUCGGACCUUCGGACGUCAAAAAUCUGAAACAUGCUCCGGCGGUUAUUAUCAGCACGAUUCCAGCUGACAAGCCUGUAGAUUCCACGGUGGACAAGGUACUCGUCAUGGUGCUGUCAUUGGCAUCACUUGACGGUACAGAGUGUCGCAUUCUGCUUGACAUGGCUUACAAACCACACUGUACACCAGUGAUGCAGAUGGCUAAGCACGCUGCUGACUGGAAAGUUGUCUCUGGCUUGGACGUAUUGGCAUCCCAGGGAUGCUGUCAGUUCACCAUUUGGACAGGCAUCGAACCACUGUAUAAUGACGCACUUGACGCUGUGCUUGGCAUCGAUGCGAAAGCAUAG